GCGCGUAAGUUGUUCGUCUUUGUAAACGCGCUGGAUUAAACAUGUUCACUAUAAUCAUUGAAGCUUACCUUUCGUUCCUUAAUGGUAGUGGAUAGUUAUGGGAAAUUCGAAUUCGUCUAAUAAUGAUCAAAACAGUUGGAUCACGGUUCCUCCUAAUGACGCUUCUCCGCCUAUGUUUGAACCAUCACUUCGGUCUGUAGUCGAAAGACGACCUAUUUUCUCUUCUAAAAUUUCAUUCAAUAAUGGUCAAUCAUCCAAUUCUAUGCUUCCAGCAGCGAUAGCACCGGAUUCUUCACAAAGCUUUGAUCAGAUACGCUACCAACCCUAUAAUACUAAUUAUGUUCCCGACGCAGUUCAGCAGAUCAAAGGAGCGAAAUGGACAAAUGAUUUUGUGGGUGUUCCAGUAACUGCUGGUGAUAAAUCAUCUGUUGGAAAUUCAUCAUGUCUACCUAACACUCAUCAAUCAACGAACUUCUCACCAACUCAACAGCCUGCCAACUUCUUAAACAAUUCAGUUGCGCAGAUACGAAAUAAUCCAUCACAUAAUUCAUCCCAGAUAUCUACAGAAGGGCAAUUCGUCGCUUUGCAUGAUUACGUUAAACGUGUAGAUGAUGAUUUGAAUAUGACCAAAGGACAAAUAUUUAAUAUACUUGAUAAUUCACACUCUGAUUGGUGGUAUGCGGAGUGUGUAUCUACUGGUAAUCGAGGAUAUGUACCCAAAAAUCAUUUAGCAGCUGUUACCAGUUUAGAAUCCAAUGAAUGGUAUUUUGGAGAAUUGAAACGUAUUGAAGCUGAACAUUAUCUUCAACUUCCGGGAAACGAUCAUGGCUCUUUUUUGGUUCGAAUCAGUGAAUCUCAAUCCAGUGAAUAUUCUUUAUCAGUACGAGAAGAGAAUACUGUUAAGCAUUAUCGUAUUCGAUCAAGAUAUUCACGAACUGAUCCUACAUUAAAACGUUUCUACAUUUCAAGACAACUGCCUUUUGUUAAUAUUCAACAGCUAGUCAAUCAUUAUUUAGAGAAUCAAUCUGGUUUAUGUUGUCGAUUAGGAAAACCAUGCAUUCGACCAACUCAUCCAGAACCUGUGGGUCUUUCACACAAACUCAUUGAUAAAUGGGAAAUUCCAAAAUCUUCAAUUAUUUUGAAGGAAAAAAUUGGACAAGGUCAGUUCGGUGAAGUAUUUAAAGCUGUAUGGAAUAAAACAACAAUUGUUGCUGUGAAAACGCUUAAGCCAAGUUCUUGUGAUGCUGCUGAUUUUCUUCGUGAAGCUCAAACAAUGAAACGCUUACAUCAUCCUAAUCUGAUACAAUUGUAUGCUGUUUGUACACAGACAGAACCUUUCUACAUAGUUACAGAAUAUAUGUCCAAAGGUUCUUUACUAAACUACUUACAAUCUCCUGAAGGUCAUGCACUAGAUAUGCAAUGUUUAAUUAUGAUGGCUGCUAAAAUAGCUUCUGGUAUGGCGUAUCUUGAAUCCAGGCGUCAUAUUCACCGAGAUUUAGCUGCUAGAAAUGUUUUAGUUGGCGAACAACAUGCUGUGAAAAUAGCAGAUUUCGGUCUUGCUCGUAUGAUUCAUGUAAGUAUAUUGUAUUAACAAAUUAUUUGGUCUUCAUUCCAUAUCCUUACUGUUUUAAUUAUUUAUUCAGUAUUUUCUUAUAAUUUAUAAAUGACAAGUAGAUUAGUUUUCUUCAAUGUAUUUCUGAUUUUAUUUGUACGCCUAUUCAUAUAUUCAUUAAUUCUUAACUUAAUCAUUGUUAUCAUUUGAAUGUGUAUCAUUUACGUGAUUUUUAUCGCGUUUGUAUGCUCAUUGAUUCUUGGGUAUGCAUGUGUGAUAUAUACAGUGGUUUCUGUAAUGUGUGACAUCAUAUUGUCAACCAAUAGGUCGCACGUUUGUAACCCGCUCCACUUAGUUGAAUUCAUACCACGGGAUAGUACCAAUAAUCUUUAUAAGAUUUUUGUAACUAAUAGGCGAGUACAUCAACUUGUACUUGGCAAAUGAGUUUUAUUACAUUACUGUUAGCGGGACAUGGAUUGGAUUAAAGCGUGCUCUAUGCACGUUUGCGUCGAUGCCAGACGGUAAUUGGAGGACACUAAAAUCUUGUCAUCUAAAAACCAUAAAUAUACAAAUUUUUUUCUGAUUGUGCUUUUUACUUCCAUCUACCCUCGUUAUUUGGGACAUAAUUUUUUCCUAUUCAACCGUGUUCUGAUUUGGGGACUUGUCGGAUGAAUCGAUGUCCAAGAAUAUUAAGCAAUAAUAAUAGCUGGGUUGUAAUAAAGAGUGAAUUAUAACAAUUACUUAUAUAAUGUAUGUACAUAGUUUUCCAACUACGUCUUCAUAUCAGUGACAAACUGUUAGUUUUCCAAAAGAAUAAUUUUUAAUUAUUUGCUGAAGGGGGUGAGCAUUAUAGUCAGUCAGUCAUGUGAAACUUAGAGCAUGAUGCAUGUGUGCAUUGCUAUACCACAGCGAGCUUAAAUAGUUGAGGCGAAUCCCAUAGUAUUAACAGUAUCAAUAGUAGUAGUAAUAGUGGAAAAGAUUAAAUACUGAGAAAUCUAAAAUAUGAUAUAAGGAAAUGCUGAGACUCACGUUUUAAGAGGAAGACAAAGCGAUCACUAUGAGAGAGAUAUCAAAUAUUAUCCAGCCAUAUAAAGCAUUUCAAUGAAUAUUUCGUAAAGUUCAUUCAACUUAUUUGUCGUGAUUUGGAUAUAGUUCCAUGGAAAUGAAGGCGACUAGGAGUGGAACACUUCCAAAUGAUGAGAGAUCAGAGUCUUAGCCAGCUGUUAAGAAUUUAAAACGUUUCUUAAGUGACCGCAUUGUCUAAAUUGAUUCUUUCUUCGCACUGCUAAUUUUCUUUGUUUUCGGAUAGUAAAGUUGUUUAUAAUGUAAGACUUAUUCGUUUAGAAUUAUAUUAUUUAGUAACUUAGACCGAUAAAUUCUAUUUUAUUUUUUCUAUCAGCAAUCGAUUCGUUGUAUAAGCAGUUCACUAUAAUGAUUAGGGUUAGUAAAGGGGAAUGUUGGUUGUUGUUAUAUAUGUGCACGUACUUCCAUUAGUUCAAACUUUUUAAUCACGAGUUUCUCUUAUCUAAAAAAACUUUAUUUUAUGGACUUAAUGUGGUAACUUUCUUUGUGAAGCAAGUGUCAUACAUAAACUAUUGAUUAGUUCAUCCCUAUUUUGUCACGAGUAAAUAAAAUUAAUCAAACUGCAUCUUGAUUAAGUUUUAUUGCAUUUUAUUUUUU